AUGUCGACUAGCAUGGAUCAACGAGAGCUUGAGGCCUGCAUUAAGCAGCUCAACAAGGUCGUGCAGGCCAACGAGCCUCCUGCAACCGCUCUGGGCCUCCUGGAACGCCUCAAGAAGGAAGCUGCGCCUACGGAAGAGAUGCUUCGGUCUAGCAGAGCCGGUGUUUUCGUCGGCAAGCUUCGGCAGAAUUCGAACAAGGAAAUCGCCCGUGCCGCCACCGAGCUCGUCCACAAGUGGAAGAGGCUGGUCGAGGCCGAGAAGCAGGGCAAGAUCAACAAGGGAUCAUCUCCCGCUGCUCCGUCACCGACUCAAGCUCCCGCCCCGAAGCCUUCCUCGUCGUCUGCGCUGAACCAGCCCUUCAAGGGCAAUACCGAGCUCCGCCGCGCUAAGACCGACGGCGCUGACCCGAAGCGUACCCACGACGCCGUUCGCGAUUCCUGUAUCGAACUUAUCUACAACGGCCUUGCAUAUCGAUCCACCGCUUCUGUCAACGAUGUUCUCACCAAGGCCAUGGACGUGGAGGCCGCUGCUCACAGUCACUUUAAGGGCGUGAACAAGGAGUACCGUGAGAAGCUGCGCUCCCUUUUCAGCAACCUCAAAGUCAAGAGCAACCGUCAGCUUGGUGUGAAUGUCAUGGAGGGCAAAAUUACCCCACAGCGCUUCGUGGUCAUGACCCAUGAGGAGCUCAAGUCGGAAGAGCAGAGAAAGAAGGAGGAUGCCCUGCAACAGGAGAACAUGAAGAAGGCCCAGGUUCCCAUGGCCGAGAAGAGCAUCAGCGACGCUCUCAAGUGCGGCAAGUGUGGCCAGAAGAAAGUCAGCUACAGCCAGGCGCAGACGCGCAGUGCUGAUGAACCGAUGACGACAUUCUGCGAGUGUACCGUCUGCGGUAACCGCUGGAAGUUCUCUUGA